UCUCGGACUGGACACUGAUAUUGGCCAGAUUAAUUACAUGCAAGUUUGAUGAUUGAAAUAUUUUGGUUCGACAGAAUGGCCACGAACCUGUACCUGGACUCAGGUCCUUGUUUCAUCCGAGACGACGGGGAGCAGAAACUUCCUCCACUCAGCCGAUCGGAUGUGAAGCCUCAGUAUGUUCAUCAUGUGGCUACGAAACCUCCACCUGAAAUCAACCACUCCAAACAGAGAAGUGUAAAACAGAGGUGUGUGAAGUUCACGGUGGCUGCUGUGAUCUGCCUGCUGCUCCUCCUGCUGGUGGUGGGAGUCCUCCUCAUUUAUUACUACUCCUCGUCCUGUGCCCCGUGUGGCGACGGGAGCUGUGUGUGGGAGUCCCAGUGGUGUGACGGGGCCAAAGACUGUCGUUCAGGCCAGGAUGAAGCUGACUGUGUGAGGCUGCAUGGCUCCAGCUUCCUGCUCCAGAUCUACUCGACUCAGAAUAAGAACUGGAGGACUGUUUGUUCUCACGGCUGGACCGACCAGCAGGGGAGAGCGAGCUGCCAGCAGGUCGGCUUCAGCCGCGGCACAUAUUUUAAAUCAGGCCAACGGCAGACUGAUUCAGAUGAUGGGUACUUGAUAGCUAAGUCUGCCUUCAACCCUGAGGCAUCCAUCCUGCAACAGCUGGUGCUCAGCAACACCUGUCCCAACAACAGUGCGGUGACUUUGCGUUGUACUGAUUGUGGGAGUGGGGUGAACUCCAGCAGGGCCUCUGGGGGCCAGCUGGCCUCUCCAGGGGCCUGGCCGUGGCAGGUCAGCCUGCAGGUUGCGGGCUCCCACCGCUGUAGAGGAGCCGUCAUCUCCCCCUACUGGAUCGUCACUGCAGCACACUGUGUGGCCAGGGCCUCCAGCCCUGAAGACUGGGCCGUGUACGCCGGCAUCGUGGAUCCACUCGGCACUCUGAACCCGGCAUACUCUGUGAGCCGCGUGAAAGCCCACGAAGGCUUUAACUGGGUCACUCGCAGGAAUGACAUUGCUCUUAUGAGGCUCUCUAAACCUCUGGCCAUCUCAGCCUCCAGUAAUAUCCGACCUGUGUGCCUCCCGAAUGUUGGCGUAAGCAUCGCUGCUCCUCAGAAGGGAUGGAUAACACGAUUCAGUCGUGUAAAUGGAGACUCUGGCCCUGUACACCUGAUGGAGGCUCAGGUCUCUCUCCUAAAUGCCACAUACUGCAACAGCUCCAUCGCUCACGAUGGCAGGAUAUCACAGGACAUGUUAUGCGCCAGAGAGACGGAGGCAGUAGCCAACGUGUGCCAUACAAACAGCGGCGGCCCUCUGGUGUCCCUGAAGGAUGGAGUGUGGUGGCUCGUAGGGGACGGCAUUUGGGGGGAACACUGCCCUGAGCAGAGCAAACCAGCUGUUUAUGGCAACGUCACCUAUUUUCUGGACUGGAUCUACAACCAAAUGAGGGUAAAAACAGUGAAAGAUUGGACUUGUAAAGGCAGUUAA